AUGUUUUCGCAGCCAGUAUCACCGACGCCGCCUGGGCUGACUUCGACGGUUUCGCCCUCGCCUUCCAGAACCAGCCGCCUGCGUGGCCUGAGCAUCCUGCGCAACUACACGCACAACCAUCUCCUGUCGCGUGACAACAGCCAUCACGCAAACGGCACCAAUAGCAACAGCAACAGCAACAGCAACAACAACAGCGGCGGCAGCUCGCCCUCAACCAGCCAGUCGGGCAACGGCCUCACGCGGUCCGUCAGCUACUCUCCCGUCACCUCAACCACGACCACGACAACUUCCAACGCCGCCACGAGCCCCAACAGACUGACGCUGGUGGCUACCUCUCCCGACUCCAGGACGCCCAACUCAAGGGCUUCGGCCACGAGCCCGGCCUCAAAUACCCCGUUUGCCCAGGCGAGUGCCUCGUCCUCGUCUUCUGCCCCCGAGUCGCCCUCAACCAUCGAAGAACAUCCAGCCAUGGCCCGAUCCAACGAAGGGUCGAGCUCGUCCGACAACCAGCCUUCCAUCCGAUUCUCUGCAUACUACGACCCCCGAUCCACACGGCCAUCGCUGUCCUUCCCGCCCGUCUCCAGGACGCUGUCCAACGGCACCGAAAUCAUCCGCGUUGGCCGCUACUCUGAGCGCGACAGCCAUGCCCUGUCCAACGGGCAGGGCGCGGCGGCUCCCGUGGGCUUUAAGAGCAAGGUCGUGAGCCGCCGCCACUGCGAGUUUUGGUACGAGAACGGCAAGUGGUACAUCAAGGACGUCAAGAGCUCGUCCGGCACGUUCCUCAACCAUAUUCGAUUGAGCCCGCCGUCGCAGGAGAGCAAGGCGUUUGCCGUUAACGAUGGCGACAUUGUGCAGCUUGGCAUCGACUUUAAGGGAGGCGAGGAAAUGAUUUUCCGCUGUGUCAAGAUGAGGUUGGAGCUGAACCGCGGGUGGCAGAACAAGCCCAACACGUUCAACAUGGCCGCUCACAAGAGGCUUCGUAACAUGGCAACCACGGGAGCAGCAGGCUCUGCAUCCAGCACAAAUUCCCAGGAUUGCUCCAUUUGCCUCAACUCGAUUGGCCCUUGCCAAUCACUCUUCGUUGCCCCUUGCUCUCACACAUGGCACUUCAAGUGCGUACGCGCUUUACUCACCUCGCCACAAUAUCCCAUCUUCAUCUGUCCCAACUGCCGUGCCGGAGCCGACCUGGAAGCCGAUGUCGAGGACCCCGAGGAGUGGCAAAACCUGGAUGAUUUUGACGGCCCCGAAGAGCCGGCCGCCCCUACCACCAUCGAUGCACCCGCUCCAGAAAUCGAAUUGCCUCUGCCUUCUCCCUCUGAAGAACCACACGAAGCAACGGUUCAGGAAACAGAUACCAUGGACGUGACUGUCAAUUUUACUUCAACAGCCAGCCCGGCCGAGAGCCCGACGGCACCGCACGCAACCUCCGAGCCGUUGCCCAUAAGAGGAGCUGGCCGUACCGCUCAUUUGCGAGAAAACGGCACUCCCUCGCCACCUGGCAGCGGGGCUGAGGGCCUCAUCACGCCUAGGAAUAAUGCAGGGCCAUGGGUAUUUGACGGUAGGGCAGGUCGACAACCACCGAGCGACACAGCCGAUAUGCCGAGCCUCGACUCUGCGGCAGACGCCGACAUGACUACACAUGAAUCCAGCGACGACUCUGCCAGCCGGUAG